GAUAGGGGUACCUAUAUUGAGACUAGCCUGAUUGAAUGUUUAUAAGGUUUAGCUUUAGCCUUUUGAACUCAACGAACCUGUAAGUAAAAGCUGGAACGGACGCCUAAUCACGUUAAGCUCAAGUCACUGUAAUUACAUGGGGCAAGUGGAACAUAAACUUUAAUAAUCAGCUAACUUGCUCUUGGCCUCUAAGGGCAGCUUAGCCAAGCCGGCAUUACCAACUUUACUACUGACAUCAGAUUUCAAUAUUUAACCUUUAUCAAUUCAGCAAUUAAAAAUGUCAUGUGUACCCCGUCCCGAAUGACGAUGCCAUUAGCCAAAAAUGAUGGUUGACAUACCUGACACCUCUUCAAGACUUUUCGAGAAGGACGGCUUUCAACAGAUGGAAAACCCCCCUACGCAGCUUUAUACCAUAUUAGAUCCGAGCAGACAUCUCCACACUUGCCGGUUUGAAGUCCGUGGCUGGAGCUUGCAGAAUUGUCCCCAUUUCGGCUCUAUUAUAAGGUUCAAUAAUGACGUGUAUCUUAUCAGAAAUAUAUACUCAAAGAUCAGACAAACCAGGCUAUACAAGCAAUUUCGGGACUUGAUAACGGCAGAUAUAUUCAAGGAGACUUCUAACAUGACGUUGUGAGGUAUAAAGAGGAUGAAAAGUCUUCUGACUUUCUUUUUGCACAUCACAAUCAACAGUAUUUGCUUAUCAAAAUGGCCCUCAACGCGACAAUGCGUGCUAUUCUCUGGGCGGGCAUUCCCUUUCAGAUGAACGUCACGAGUAUUCCUAUGCCAACCAUUCAAAGCCCUACCGACACAAUCGUCAAAAUCACCACGGCAGGCAUUUGUGGCACCGAUCUUCAUGUGUAUCAUGGAGUAUAUGGUAGCGCCGACGUACCAUAUACCAUUGGCCAUGAAGGUGUUGGGGUAGUUGUUGAAGUUGGCAGUGCUGUCUCCAAUUUCCAAGUGGGUGACAGAGUGAUCAUUCCAGACAGUGUGGAUGAUAAGGGCCUUUUGGAAGUAAACCGAGUAUCAUAUGGCCUGGGUAGUGAGUACGGCGAUGCGGGCGGUCUUCAAGCGGAGUAUGCCCGCGUUCCAUAUUCGGACGCCAACCUCAUGGCUAUUCCAUCAACAAAUGGUACUAACACCGCUGAAUAUGAUAAUGAUUAUCUCCUUGUGGGAGAUAUCUGGGGCACCGCUUGGGGUGCAAUUGACUAUUCUGGUUUCCAGCCAGGUGACUCUGUAGCAGUGUUUGGCGCUGGGCCUGUGGGGCUUCUCGCUGCAUACUCUGCCAUACUCCGCGGUGCAUCCCGAGUUUACUCUGUAGAUCACGUUCCAGAGCGACUUGCUAUUGCAGAAUCCAUUGGAGCAGUUCCGAUCAACUUCAACAAUUCGGACCCCGUUCAGCAGAUCAUAGCGCAAGAGCCAGGUGGUGUGAUGCGCAGUCUCGACUGCGUUGGUUACGAGGCAGUCGAUAUUCAAGGACAGCCGCGUGAGAACGAAGUUAUUCGAAACAUGAUCGCUGUCACAGCUGCGGGCGGUGGCUUGGGACAAAUUGGAAUAUUCGGAUCGGCGACCAACUCAACUGGAACACCUCUCGCAGACACUUUGUCACACAGUAUCAAUUUCCCUAUGGCAGACUUCUUCGGCAAGUCUCUCACUAUGAGAAGUGGGCCGGUUGCACUUGAGUCACUUGCCCCUGGUCUUAUUCAGCUGAUAUCGAGUGGUCGUGCACGCCCAAGCUUCAUCGUCAGCUCUACGAUCGGUAUCGAAGAGGCGCCCGAAUACUUCGCUCGGUUUAACGAUCAUCUGGAGACUAAGGUAGUGAUUAGAUUUCCAGAUCCUUGAGUAAACAACCUAGGCUGUUCCUAUGGCGGCAGAAUCCGUGGUAAACGAAGUGAUUGCUUUGUCAAUUAUAAUAUAAUCUAAGGGCA